AUGAGGCUAGCGCACCUACCCGUUUUCGCGUCGCUUAUUCUCGCCGCCGUCUCCCAGCUUGUGGUCCUCCAGCAGCCACCGCAAGGAGAGGACCGACCUCUGCCUAAAGAGGGAUCCAGACCAGAGAAGAAACAGCAGCAGCCAAUAGUGAUGCCAGUAAUGCCGCCAGGGACAGGAGCCGGGUCGGGACAUGAGCCUGGCAGACACGCGGCCGUUGGGACGGUCAUGUUGUCCGACGUGCUCGGCCGCGACCGCAGCAUCAACGUGUUUGCCGGAUUCACACGCGACUUUUCUGUGAUCACGAACCGGUUUGACGAUGUGACCCAGAACACGACCAUACUGGCACCGCUGAACUCGGCCAUCGAGAAGCUACCGCGCAAGCCGUGGGAAGAUCCGGAAGACUAUCGCACACACGGCGCCGCUGUCUAUGAAGGGGGCGACGGCCAGGAGCGGGCCAAGCGGAACCUACAACGCUUUGUCGAGGCACACAUUGUGCCCGUCAGCCCGUGGCCUGAGAACUACAAGACACUGGCAGUUGCCGGUGGGGAAGAGAUCUGGUGGGAAAAGGGCAAGGACGGCGUGAUGGUGAUUCAACCUGGCAAUAUUGAAGUGGCUAGCGUUGCCAGCACGGUGGCAAAUGGUCAAGUUAUUACUGACAUGUACAAGUGGAUCAUCAAGGGCGUCCGUAAUUAUUCCUCUUGA